AUGCACUUCCAUCAAAUUUUGGGAUUCAUCAUCGCUCUUUUCUCCCCACAUACCACAGUCGCAAGCAAAAUCAACCUKCCUUCCUACCCGCUAGCGGUCAAGUCGCCCUAUCUCUCCACCUGGCUUCCGAGUACUGGAAUCGACAAUGUGGCCACCGCGCAACCGCAAUUCUGGAACGGCCAAGACCUGACAUGGCCAAUUUUGGCUCGAAUUGAUGGCAAGACGUACGCUCUUCUCAAUUCGCCGGCGGGACUGACGGGUGGUCAGGGUGGUAUUAGUGCUGCCAUGACGGUGAAUGUCAGUUUCAGCUCCACUCGUACCUUGUUCAAGCUGGCUGCGGACGGUGUCAACUUUACACUGGACUUUUUCUCGCCGGUAUAUCCCAAGAACUACUCGCUCCAGUCGUUGCCGUACUCCUAUUUGACCGUCAAUGCUACAAGCUCAAGUCCACGUCGAAUUCAGAUAUUCUCGGCUAUCGAUCAGACGUGGACAGCGCAAAAUGGCCAGUCAGAUAUCAACUAUGCGACCACAUGCAAGACAGGCUUCUUCCAACUUCACAACCCAAACGAGACACCCUUCACCGAGAUCGACGAUCAAGCGACUUGGGGCACUGUAGUGUUUGGAACUUCCGCAGAUGCAAAUAUCACACAUGCUGCCAAUGCUGCCAACACAGUGUAUAAAGCAUUUCUGAAUCACGGUAAUCUUGCAUCUGUGAACUCGACAGCAUCUGGAACGAAUUUGGCCGCCAUUUCCAAAGAUUUGGGUGAUGUGGAUAGUGACGGUGCGUGCGUUACCUUUGCCGUGGGCUUUCAACGAGAUUCAGCCAUCGAUUAUCUGGGCGAGGUGCAGACAGGAGUACAUCGCGCUCUGUGGCCGGAGAUUCCAGACGCUUUCGACUUUUUCAUAGGCAACUAUGACAACGCCUAUGCUGCAUCUCUCGCAUUUGACAGCACCGUGCGGUCUCGAGCGGAAUCCGUCUCGGGCGAUUUUGGCAGCCAGUAUGCGGAUAUCUUGGAAGCCAGUGUGAGGCAGACGUUUGCUGCUUAUGAGUUGACGGUUCCUGAUAACGACCGAACUGCAGCUCCGUGGGCUUUUCUCAAGGAAAUCUCCUCCGAUGGCAACACUAACACUAUAGACCUGAUAUUCCAGACUUGGCCGAUCUUCAUCAGCUUGAAUCCCGAAUGGAUCAAGUGGCAGCUCCAGCCUGUACUAUCGUACCUUGCGUGUGGAAGGUGGCCGAAGAAAUACGUUAUUCACGACAUUGGCACACACUAUCCAAACGCCACAGGCCACGAUGAUGGCAACGAGGAAUCAAUGCCACUCUUCGAAACUUCAUCGAUGUUCAUACUACUCUACACCUACCAGCUCUUCUCAAAUGACACUUCUCUAACAGCUGAAUAUGCCCACCUCUUACCGGGCUGGGCGGAAUACCUCGUCGAAAAUUCUCUCUAUCCUUCCAGUCAGCUCAUCAGCGUCGACGCCAUACCCGCUACACCAAACCAAACAGCUCUUGCGAUUCAAUCUGCCAUUGGAUUGAACGCCGCCAGCAAACUCCUUCAAAAUACCAGCUACGCAGAUACUGCACAUUCUUUCGCAAAAACAAUAUACAACGACGCACUAGGACUGAAUGGUGCUACCGUCAACGAAAGCGCGCACUUCACUUACAACUACGGCGGCUCGGAGACAUGGAACGUGCUAUUCGCCAGCUACUCCGACGUCCUCUUAAACCUCACCACUUUCCCCCAAACAGCCUGGGAUCUCCAAAGCGACUGGUAUCUCUCACAGAUCCAAGACGCAGGCCUCGCGUUCGCGGGACCCGUCUCUGAUCGCGGUGUCGAUUGGGCGUUAACGGAUUGGAAUUUCAUGAUCGCUAGUGUGAGCUCCACGGAAUUACAAGGUAAGAUUGUGCAGAGUACGUGGGAGUUUUUGGGGAAUGGGAUGAAUAGUGUUCCUUUUGGGACGAAGUAUCUUGUUGAAGGGGAUGAGAGGGGGAAGUGGAUUGCGAAUAAGGCGAGGAGUACGGUUGGGGCGCAUUUUGCUUUGGUAGCGUUGCGGCAGGGGGCGUGGGAUUGGUGA